AUGAUAGAUAAUAAGAUGAACGAGUCAUACACAAAACGAAAUAAGCACAUCCGUGAUAACGGAACUAGAAAUAAGUCGAAGAUAUACAAGGAAAAAAUAAAGAAAAAAAAAAGCUCCAAUAAAUGCAUAAAAAAUAAUAACGUUCUGUAUGAAGACAGCAAAGGAACAAGUACUAAAGAAGAACUAAUAGACUUAAAGUUAAAAGAAUCAAAAUUGGGCGAAAAACAAUUUAAUAAAAGUGCAAGGUAUAAAGAUACUCUAAUCAAAUCGAUGAAAGGUGAGGAUUUCAAAUUUUCAAGAAGAGGAUUUAUUUUAAGUUUUUCAGGAAAUUUAGAUGAUUUUUAUAAUUUAUCAGAAGAACCAAUAGGAAAAGGUACAUAUGGAUGUGUAUAUAAAGCAACAGAUAAAAUGUUAAAAAUUUCAAGGGCUGUUAAAGUAGUAUCAAAGAAAAAAUUAAAAAAUAUACCACGAUUUAGACAAGAAAUUGAUAUAAUGAAAAAUUUAGAUCAUCCAAAUGUAAUAAAAUUAUUAGAGACAUUUGAAGAUGAAGAACAAAUAUAUUUAGUUAUGGAAUUAUGUACAGGUGGUGAAUUAUUUGAUAAAAUUGUAAAAAAAGGUUCCUUUUCAGAAAUAUAUUCUUCUUUUAUAAUGAAACAAAUAUAUUCUGUAUUAAAUUAUUUACAUAUUCGAAAUAUUUGUCAUAGAGAUAUUAAACCUGAAAACUUUUUAUUUUAUGAUAAAUCACCUGAAUCGUUAAUAAAAAUCAUUGAUUUUGGUUUGGCAUCUUACUUUAGCGACAUAAAUUUGGAAAUGAAAACAAAAGCUGGUACUCCUUAUUAUGUUGCUCCUCAAGUGUUAGCAGGCUCCUACGAUUAUAAAUGUGAUAUAUGGUCAACCGGUGUGUUAUUUUACAUACUUCUGUGCGGCUAUCCCCCCUUUUAUGGCGAAAGUGACCAUGAGAUAUUAAUUAUGGUGAAAAAGGGGGAAUAUAAUUUCAAGGGGAAGGAAUGGGACAACGUAACACAAGAGGCAAAAGAUCUGAUUAAGUGUUGUCUUACCAUGGACCCAAGGAAAAGAAUAAGUGCAAGUGAGGCUCUGAAACAUCCAUGGUUCAAAAAGAAAAAAGGGGCAUUUAAUUUGGAUGUUAAAAUGGACAUACAUGUACUGGAAAAUUUUAAAAACUAUGCACUGUUAUUAAAAUUUCAAAAACUGGCUAUGACAAUUAUAGCUCAACAAAGCAAUGAUUAUGAUUUACAACAACUCAAAUCAGCUUUUCUUCAUUUAGAUGAAGAAGGAAAAGGAAAUAUCACAAAACAACAAUUGAAAAAAGGUUUGGAAAGUAGUGGUUUAAAACUACCCCAAAAUUUUGAUAGGCUUAUCGAUCAAAUAGACAGCGAUGGAAGUGGCAGAAUAGACUACACAGAAUUUUUGGCAGCGGCGCUAGAUAGAAAAAAGUUAACAAAGAAACUAAUGUACUGCGCCUUUCGUGUGUUUGAUGUAGAUAAUGAUGGAGAAAUUACUACCGCGGAAUUGGCACAUAUACUAUAUAAUGGAAAUAAAAAGGGGAAUAUAACUGAAAGAGACAUUAACCAAGUUAAGAAAAUGAUAGGCGAAGUUGACAAAAAUCAUGACGGGAAGAUCGACUUUUACGAGUUCUGCGAAAUGAUGAAGCUAAAGUAUUAG